CACGCUCAUGUUUUCUAUGAUUUCAUCAAGCUGAGUGCAUACUGCAUACGUAUAUAUAGUAGUUUUGUAUGUAUUUUAUGAAAAUUUAACAAGAAAUGGAACAAUUCUCAUACACAAAAAGGAGGAAAGUUCCUACGAUUCAAAAAAGAACGUGAAAUUCAAAAAGACCCUGCCACUUGUAGCAAUGGACCAGUAGUGGAGCUAGCUUAAACAAGAAAUGGGAAGGGCCAAUUAAAAGUUUCAUUUAUAGUAGGAACUAUUAUGCUACGGAGUAUUUUGUGUAACAAAUAUGUGUCUAAAUUUAUUAAUAUCUAUAUGAAUAUAGGCAAUGCUAGAAAGUCUUAUAAUAUGAAACGGAGAAAGUAUUAUAUAAUAUUAACACCUUAAUUAACUUCUCUACUGUAUAAUUCAUAUUAUUAUAUCCUCAACGCAACAAACACACGAAUCAUGAUACCAUCGAAAAUCAAUAAACGGUUGGCAAUAUAAAUACUAAUGGAUAGUAUAUGUUGAUUUGGGCGGAUCUACCAUAGGACAUAGGACAUGGGGUAUCUACCUAAAAUUUUUGGCAAGUAAUCUAUGUAGGUGCAAUACAUGCAUAUAUAUUAUUAGUUGGGUUAGAACAACCAUUCCCUAAUGCCAUGUACAACGCAUGACCUUAGCUUGUGGUCUCACGGCUCUACGUCGGAGCCGAGCUGAGCUGGCACGCCCGCUCGUGGUCUCGCAGGCGCGCAGCGAGCUUGUAGAAAAACCGAAAGAAGCACCGCGCCUGCGCUCGGGAGCCGUGAAGCCACGAGCCGAAGCCUCGCGUUGGAGGAGUCGGAGCCCCGGUCGUCGCCUCGUCCGGACCCCCGUGCAACUGCCCCAAAUCCCCAUCUCGUCAUGGUCGUCGUCGCCACCAAAUCUGCUGCCACCGCCAUGGUCGUCGUCGCUGCCAGAUCAACGCAGCCGCCAUGGUCGUCGUCGUGGUCGUCGUCGUCGCCAGAUCCGGCGCCACCGGUGCUCCCUGCCACCGAGCUCGCCCCGGAGAGGGGAGGGGAGCAGUCGGCGAGCUCCCCGCCGCCAGAUCCGGCGCCACCGCUACUCCCCGCCGCCGAGCUCGUGCCGGAGAGAGGAGGGGAGCAGCCGGCGAGCUCGCGCUCGAGAGGGGAGGGGAGCAGCCGGCGAGCCCGCGCCGGAGGGGAGGGGAGCAGCCGGCGAGCUCCUCGCCGCCAGAUCCGCCUCCACUGCUGCUCCUCGCCGCCGCCAGACCCGUCGCCACCGCUGCUCCCCGCCGUCGACCUCGCGCCGGAGAGGGGAGGGGAGAAACCGGCGAGGGGAGGGGAGAGGAGAAGAGAACCGAGCGACACGAUGCGGCUGUCGGUGGAGAAAAAUCGAAGAGAGAGAGAGGGGAAUAAAAAAGAGAGGGAUGGGAAGAGACUGACAGUGGGUCCCAGGUUGUUUAGGGGUGUACAUAUACUUCUUUUGGUUACUCUAGGGUUCAAAAUAUAAAGUUUCAAUAGGUUUUAUAAUACAAGGGCUGACAUAUAAAUAGAUAGGGGCUGAUAUGCAAAAUACGUUUUGGAGUGGUUUCCACUGUAGGUAGUGUGACCUUUGUGUGAUUCUAUCCUACUUGACGUCUUGAGACCAUAA